UUAUUACGAAUAAACGUGAUAGCUUUCACAACUACGACAGCUGUCUACCUGACCAUCUACUGCUCACGAGUAAAAAAAAAUGUUUUGCUCUCUCAGAGAUGAUGCUAGCUCGUCUGGACGUCUCAGUAGAAUUAUUUUUGGGAGACAUUACAAAAUUGCUAAAGAAUUUUGUCUUUUAAGAAAAACGAGUAUUUGCGUGAAUCGGUCAUUUUUAUUGGUUAGAAAGGUUUGUUAUUAACCACGUCGUAGCGUCGCUAAACUUGGAACAAAAACGGAGCUACAUCUAAUGGGAAUGGGGAUUGAAUCAUCUCGCUUCACUUCAACCUCCUUUGUAAAAACAUUCCUUACGUCAUCACGUCGUGUUUGAACGUGGCGGCGCGAUACCAAGCAGUACACCCCAGACAAACUUUACCUGUAGCUGGCAAGCUAGUCUCGCUUAACUGUAGUAAAAAGGGAAAAAAUAGCAGAGAUCAUAUUUGAAAGCCGGCAUUAAAUGGCAAUUAAUGUCUUACAAAGUUUGGUAUAUUUGUUCAAAGUGAUCAACAACGGUUUUUAUCGCGAUAGCCCAUGACUGCAAUGACCUGUAAAUUAAGUGGCCUUUUCAGCAUUGGCGAGGACUUCGAAGAUGAGGACCUGCUCGAGACAGACUGGGCUUCCUGCUCCGUGUCUGGACCAGCCGAUGUGGCAGCUGCUGUGUCAUCCUGCGCUCUGCGUGCCUCCUCUGUUGCUCACAGAGAGCCGGAGAAAAUUUGCCUCCAGCAAACUGGAGAGAGAUCAGCUGCCCCGUGCAAUGGCACAGUAUCAGAGAGCAGCACGCACACUGCUGCUACGGGACAAACUGUUGCUUUGGGGUUGAGACAGCUCUCAUCUUCCUCUCAUUCCAGCUCUCCUCUCCCUACUCCUUCUCCCACGCUGAAUAACUCUGAGCCAAAUCGGGCAACACAACAGAGUCACGCUCACGCUAAGGGGCUGCCGAAGCCCUGUGUGGCUCAGGAUGACUUUGAUGACUGGGAUGUUGACCUGGCAGACCUGGAGGAAUGUGAUGGCCAAAUGGGACAGAUAUCUGAACCUCGUGCUCCACGUGCGCCCGCAGUAGAGCCUCCAGCCAAAAUGCUGCGACCCUCGACCUGUGGACAGACUCAGACACUACCUGUUCGGACAGUGAGGGAGCUUAGUGCCACAUCCAAGACUUCUAGCUCCUUUGGUCACAACUUGGCUCCUUUUCCACCUGUCCAACAUCCAAAUCCUCGCCCUGCUUUCCCUUUAGCCCCUCCACAGAAGUCUGACGUUUUCCCUGGCUUUACUGCAACUUCUCCAGCCCCAAGCUCUUUUUCCAGGACGCUUAACAAACCUCAGCAGCCACAGAAAACAUGUACAACUCCAAGACCCUCCCCUCAGCCCCGCAGCCUCUUUGAUACAGUCUCCCCGGCACCCUCUUCCUCCCCCUCUCCCUCUGUGAGCCCUCAUCCUCUUCACACGCCAGUACUCACCAAUCGCCUGGUCCAGCUAGUCUCUGCCUCCAAUAAGCUUCCCAAGAAGAGGCCUCGCUCAGAGCCACGCCAGCCCAGGACCCGGCGCUUCCCUGGUCCAGCUGGGCUUCUGCCACAGCAGCCUCAGGGUCAGAACCUGGAUGAGAUUGUGGUUUCUGUUCCUCAGACUCCUGCCCAUGGGGCUGUGGCUCGACUACCAAGUCAGGCUUCCAGCUCACAGACUGAGGAAGAAGAGUUCAGCGGCGGCGCCUGGGCAGCGAUGAAGAUGGAGAUGGGAUUGGAUGAGAGGAAUCCAUCAUGCUUCUUGCACUCCUACAGUGUGGUCAUGGUGCUUCGCAAGGCUGCACUGAAACAGCUGGUCAGGAACAAAGUCCCAAACAUGGCUGUGCUUCUGAAGAGCAUCGUCCACACACAUGCUGAUGCCAAGGCGGUGUUUAAGGACCCGACAGGUGAGAUUCAGGGAACAAUUCAUCGGCGUCUUUUAGAGGACAGAGCGGAGGAGCUAAAGGUCGGGGCUGUGCUGCUGCUCAAACAAGUGGGUGUGUUUUCCCCCUCCCAUCGUAACCAUUACCUGAAUGUAACUUCCAAUAACCUGCUGAGGAUCUACGCUGCUGAUGGAGUCAGUCUGACCUCCACUCAGCUUCCCCCUCUGGUCCUGGAGCCGAUGUUGCUGUCACCCACUCAGUCUCCUGGUGUCCUUCAGGAGCCAGUUUCCUGCAUGCAGCUGAUGUUUGAUGAAGAGGAUGACGAGGGAAAAGAUUGGGAAAGACACACAGAGAGAGAGGGAGACCCUCAAGCCCCGGUAGACAGUGGCAGAGCCUACAGCAGAGGCUCCCCGGAGCAUGGUGGGAACACAGCACCACAGGAGCCAAGCUGGGAUGCAGAUGAUGAUCUGGAUGAACUGCUGGGAGAAUUGCCCGAGGAUGCCUGCAGCCUCUGAUGGAAACUUCACAUGAAACUUUACAGACUGUCUCCCAGGACUUGCAUUAUGACUGACUCACCUUGCACUUCUACCCUCAUUUUCCUUUAGAGUCACCUUCUAAACACUGAAAUACUGGUGAAAAUAUGUACAGUAUAUGUUGUUUACUCAAAACUGUUUCAGACCUGUUUAUAAAUACAAACAGAGAAUAGUCUUGAAUUAAUUUGUUGUAACUGUGCCGAUGCUUUGUAUCACCGAUAACUGAUAAGUCGCUCGUUAAUUCCAAAAAUCUGCCUUUUUUUUUUUUAAUAUCAUCUACACAUCCUGUGUUCUUGUAGCGACUUUGAGCCUGUUCUAUGUGCGUAUUAGAGAUGUUCCCCUUCCUUUUGUUUCAUUCUUAUUCAUUGUACCUGCUCCACUGACCUUGAAAUGGAAGACUAAUCUACACAGCAUUGAUUUACUAAUUAUGCAAAAUGAAACCAAGGUGAGGCUGCGACUGUUUUCCAGUUAGUUAGUUUUCAGCUUCAAAGUGGACUGGAUGAUUUUUACCCUGCUUGUUUACGGUGCAUUAAGAGGUGUAUCAGAGGUUUUUGGCUUGGGAUUGCGAGAGGUAGUCCGAGUCCCAUGUGGUUUCCUGACCUAAGCAGUGUUUACCCAACUGUGCAGUGCAUCAGGGUGGAGUCGUACUGUGACUAACAGGCUAAUAUGGUGGCUUUCCCGACAUCUCCUCCCCAGAUCCAGACUUCUUCAGCACUCCUGCCUGAGUAUAACAGAUUCAGGUUAAUCCUCAUCCUCGUUCUCAUUUUGAGUAUGAUGCAGCUGCUCAAAUUGCCUGGUUUAAGUUGAAAAGAGAGGGAGAGAGAACAGGGAUGAUGAAAUGGGUUGUAUUUGCAGUUUUUCAACUUAGCCGUGUGGCUUAAAUAAGUACAUUUACAGUGCAGUCUAAGUAUUUGGACAGUUACACAUGAUCUGUUUGCACUCUAUUUCUGCACGUUGGAUUUGUAAUGGGCCAGUAAAUGAGAGGGGAGAGUAAUGAUUUUCAGUGUAAAUGUAAGGCUGAUUACAUUGUAGCCUGUCACUGCCCUAAUGGAUCAACUGAUGUUUCUAUCCAGACGUGAUGUCCUCCUUCAAUUCAUUUAUACUAACUUUAUAAGGCAGGUUUGAGAGUGUGGUCAGUGGCUCAUCCAGAAUAAACUGUGUCCUUUCUAGAAAGUAA